UAAUCAAAUCAGCUCUCUUAUAUUAGAAACAUGUUUGCCAUUUGAAUUGGAUUAGUUGUGCACUGCUCGAAAAUUUGCAGUGGAAUCCUCUGGAGUCACACCUGAGCCAAGCUGCAAUAUAUAUUCCAUACUAUCAAAUCAAAUUGCAGAGAGAGAGAGAGAGAGAGAGAGAGAGAGAGAGAGACUUGGGUUGUUGGCUACUGCGCAGUUGGAAUAUGUUCUUCAUCGACCACUCUGAAGACUGAUCUCUGAACAUGUCCUAUCUUGCUCUACCGAUACUAUGCUUUUGUCCUUUGCGUUAGAGACGUCUACAUAAGUUGUGUGUGUCUUUCACAAUUUUGUUCAAACACUAGGGAUGAAUUCAGGGUUCCUCACUAUUUCCUUUUUCCUCUCUUGUUGCGCGUAAAGUUCAAAUCAUUUCAUUGUGUUUGAAGCAUCGCUUUCGUUUCUGCUCUACUAUAAGUGGAACGCAAUGUUUACUACUCUUUAGAUGUUCUCAUCGACAAUCUUGCAAGAGUUCUUUCUCCAGAGAAGAAAAAUCACAACUUUGUUUUCUGCCGCGAUCAAAAUCCAUCCUUUACGAGCUAGUUUUACUUGACUAGUUGCAGAACAUCUUAAUCGAGUCCUCUGCAUCAAAUUUCCUCCACUCAGCUCAAGAUAACGAGAAGCGAUUCGGUAAAAAUCUCACCUUUUCGAAGACAAUGCAGGGUUCGCCGGCGCCGGCAGCGUUUCCGGCGGUGAAGCUGACGUGUUGCGAGCAGGAGCAGAACCUGCGGUGCCCCCGGUGUGAGUCCACGGACACCAAGUUCUGCUACUACAACAACUACAACCUCUCGCAACCGCGCCACUUCUGCAAGAGCUGCCGGCGCUACUGGACCAAGGGUGGCGCCCUCCGCAACGUCCCCGUCGGCGGCGGAACUCGCAGGAACUCCAAGCGCUCCACCGCCUCCUCCUCUUCCUCCGCCGCAUCCAACGCCAAACGCGCCAAUCCGCCGAAGCCCUCUUCUGCGCCCUGCGUGUCGCCCAAUCCGGAGCUCAUCUCGACGACCUACCCACCGCCCGACCCAGAUCGCCGCUUGCUCGACAUGCCCGGAAGCUUCAGCUCGUUGUUGGCCGCCGAGGGGGCAUUCGACGGAUUCCUCGGCAGCUUCGCGCCUUUGGUCCCCAUGCCGUUUUCUCGUGACGUCAGCUCUUCCUCGAUCGACUUUCGCGUCGAAUUACCGAAGCUGGUUUCCGGAAACAGCUGCAACGGCGACAUGGUGACAUCGGCAGCGGAGAUCUUCGAUAAGCUGGACGGCGAUUCGGGAAGCUGGGCGUCGGGAUGGACUGAUCUCGCCAUUUACAAUCGCGGUUCUAACACGGACUGAAGAAGACUACUUAGCAAAAAGAUUCCAUUUUUCUUAGUGUUUUAGUCCUACAGGUGUGUUCCUGUGCAGUAAUGGUACAAUUCCUGAGAGAUCGAUACAUGGAAGGAUAGGAUUUAUGGUAAAACAUGCUGAUAAAUGCAUAAUUUUGGGUUGUGAAAAUGAAGCAAAGAUCCAGCAUCAAGUCUUAAUUUCAUGCUUCCUUCCAUCAGUUUUCAGGGCACGUCAGUGGCACUUGGCUCUGAAGCAUAAACCCUCAGAGGUGUCAUGGUGCGUGGAUCAGUGACGUGGCUUGUCUCCCCUAGCAUGUGGUUAGCGUGAGACUGUAUCUGUUCCCACUCUGUCUCUGAUUUCAUCAAUAUUCCAUAAGCAACAACCAUGCAGUGGUUCGCCUUGCGAGUAUCAUGAAGCAGCAGCACCAUAUCUCGUUGUUUAUGAGGCAGUGUCAUUCUAGGACAGGUCAUUACGUUUAUUCCUUCUGAUUGUCCCUAGAUUAUACGAAGAAGAAAUUUAUUUAUAAAUUUAUAACUGAUGACAGCAUCAUGAACAGUUGUGAUGAUGAGAUCACAAUAUUAGCUUCAUUCGACUUUUUAGAAUGACCAGAAGUAUAG